AAACGAGCUCCGCUACCCAGUCACUCACACCUUGCCCACCGGGUAAUGUCGUUUCCGUCACUUCUCUUCCGCCAGGUGAACUCCACUGGCGCAUUGCUCGCCGCAUUGUGCGGUGCCUGCUGCCAAUCGUCUUCCAGAAGCCGCUGACUCAGCAUUGCCGUGAUUUCCGCCGCAAACGGUUGCUCCUCUUGCCAUUUUUGUAACUGGUAGCUCCUUAAUCGUUUCGCCAUGACGGGCUCUCAUCAAGUCAACACGCCGCUCUCUCCGACCCGUGCGAUUUCGCCGAAGCAGAAGUUACAGUCGCACAACCAGCUCGUCGCACGGCUUCAGUCGCCCUCCGCAGACCCCGCCUCCCUCCCGCCCUCAUUCCUCAAAUACCCAAUCUCGCAUCUUCGCGCCAAGAACGUCACCAUCCCCGCGGAUUUCUUCUGCCCCAUUUCGCUCGACAUAAUGCGCGACCCGGUCACCGUCGCGUCGGGGCAGACAUACGAGCGCGGCGAAAUCGAGCGAUGGUUUCGCGAAGGACAUCGUUACUGCCCGGUUACCCGAAGCGCUCUCGAGGAUCUGCACGUGGCGCCUAACAAAUCCCUUCGCAGCAUCAUCUCCGCCUGGUGCCUCGGCCACGGCAUUCGUCUCUCCGCCACCGCUUCCGCUUCCGCCGGCGGCGGCGCGGCAGUCUCUCCGCGCGGAGUGCUGACUCCCCGCAGCGACUACACUCCCCGCGGGGAACAAGGGCCGCAGCAGCAGCAGCAGCAGCAGCAGCAGCAGCAGCAGCAGCGCGGGGACCAAAAUCCGCGCGCGGAGCGUUCCGCCUCCCGCGGAGAGUCGUAUUCCGCCCGCCCCCAGUCCGGGGAAAGUUACGAGGCGGCGCAACGAUCCGCGCGCCCGCUGUCGGGGGAGCGGCACCAGCGGCGCGGAAGCGUGUCGUCGGACCGCGAGAGCGGAAACCUCAGCAGCGGCGGCAGCAGCAGCGCCAGCGGCGCGAGCAGCGGAAGCAUCAGCCUCGUCUCCAGCAGCAGCGCUAGCAGCGGCGGCGGAAGGGCAGGCGGGGGCGGGGGCGGAGGCGGAGGUGGAAAACAUUUCGGGCGGAGCGCGUCGUCGUCCGAUGGUCCCCUCUGCCCCAUCUGGCCCGUGUCCUCCCCCCUCGCCUCCCCCACGCACUCCCCCACUUUCGCCGCCUCGGUGCUCAGUCCCACCUGUGCCUUCGCCAGUAGUAAUAAUCCCCAGCUUAGUCCUACGCGCCCCGGCUUUAGCCCGACGUAUCCGGCUUUAAGUCCCACGCGCCGCGCCCCGCACAGCCCCACGAACAGCAUGCAGCAAAGCCCCACGCGCGCGCCGCUCAGCCCGCUGCCCGCGUAUCUCGGCGCGAACGACGGGGCGCAUGACGGCUGGAACGACUGGAACCACUACCCGGGCCGCGACGAGUGGAGCGGGCCGCAGCCGCGCCGCGUUGACUGUAGGUGCUCGGGGGGGCCCGCCGGGGGGGCCGGGGGGAUUGGGGAGCGCGGGUGGCGGAGGCAGCCAGCAGCAGCACGCGAUGGCGGCGGCGCAGCAGCGGUUCUUCUCGGAGCGCCUCGACCGACACCAGCUGGCGCUGCUGGCGGCCUGGGACGACGACAGCGAUGCGGAGGGGGGCGCGGGGGCUGGCGCGGGGGGGGAGAGAGGCGGGAGUGUGGCAGGGGGAGAGAGAGGGAGAGGGAGAGGGAGAGGGAGAGGGAGAGGGACAGGGAGAGGGACAGGGAAAGGGAGAGGGAGCGGGAGAGGGAGAGGAACAGCAACCAUGUUUUGGCGUAUUUGGCGCACAGCAGGAGCGCCAGCGGCGGGGGCGGGGGCGGGGGCGGGGGGGGAGGGCGGAACCCGUUGAACAGCGCGGGGAAAAGCUACAGUGUGGGAGAGCCAGUUUCCAUCGUCUCAAACUCAACGCCGGGUACUGCUGGUGGUGGUGGUGGUGGUGUUGCCGGCGGCGCAAACAGAGACGCUAAUAUCGCGUAUGGACGGUCUGUCUCUUCCAACCGCCUCUCCUCUCCCCAGCUCGCCACCUGCAGUGGUGCUGGCGGGACUACUGGUGCCGCUGGUGCUGCUGGUGGCAGCGCCAUGAACCCCAGGAGCAGCGCGCGGGGCGCGCACCACGCGCACAGCCACAGCCACUCGUCCCUCAACGCCUUCAGCGCGCCCAUCGCUGCCGCCGCUGCCGCCAUCGCCUUUGGCGGCUCCAGCCCCAAGGCCGGCGCCCCCUGCACCCAGAAUCCACACCUCAAUCCGAGUCCGAGUGCGGGGUUGCAUGCGGGCACAGCGGCGAUGAUGGCGGGGAGCAGGGGCGGCGGGGGGUCAGUGGGGUGCGCGCCCAUGAGCGCCAUGGGGGGGGGAGGGGACGAGGGGGAUGGGGAAUCGGAUGAGGAGGAGGAGGAGGAGGAGGACGGAGCGACAGGGACGCUCAAGCGGUGGGCGACCAACCCCACAGACAGGUCAGGAGGCAUGGGGAGCGCAGGCGGUAGCGCCAUGACCACAAGUGGCAGCAUUAGUGGCGGCAGUGGCGGUGCUAGUGGUGGUAGCAGCAGCGCCAGGAGGCCCUGUAGUGCGGGAGGGGGAGGCGGAACAGGCUCGGGGGUUUCCGAAGCAGAGGCGGCUCGGGUGGACCAGGAGGACCUGGUUCGGGCCCGGCUUCCAGACCUGGUUCGGCAAAUGCUGGGGGGCAGUGCGGGAGGCAGCAACACGGGGGGCGACGCGGCUUCGACUUUCCUAACCAUACAGCGGCGCAGAGCAGCCGAGGAGGUUCGGCACCUGGUUCGGGACUCCCGAGGCAACCGAGCAGCCGUGGUGGCAGCAGCGGGCGGGCGAGCCAUCCCUGCGCUGCUCUCCCUCUUCUCGUGUGGGGAUGCCGACACUGUAGAGCAUGCGGUUACUGCUGUGCUCAACCUCUCCCUCUCCUCCUCCACCCACGCUCCCCUCAUCAGCCAUGGCGCCAUUCCCCGCCUCGUGACUAUAGUGAAUGCUGGAAACAGCAGCCCGGGUGCCAGUAGCAGGGACACGGCCACUGGACAUGACAUGCUGCCGCCCCUCUCCCCUCGCUCCAUCUCCCGGACCGCCCGCGAGAACGCCGCAGCUGCUCUCUUCGCGAUAUCUGCCUCGUCCGAAGCGAAUAAGAUCCUUGUCGGAACCACGCCAGGUGGCAUCGCAGGAUUGGUCGCGAUGCUCUCCCCCACGUCCUCCUUCUCCGGGUCCCCCAGCGGCGGCUCGCCCAACUCCCUGCGCAGCCGCAAGGACGCCGCCCUCACCCUCUUCAACCUCUCAUUGGCCGAGAAGAACCGGGCGGCGAUCAUCCACGCGGGGGCGGUGCCCCUACUGGUGGAGAUGCUGCAGGAGUACGGGUCCGGGCUGGAGGAAAAAGCCACGGCGGUGCUGGUGAACCUGGGGAAGGCGGGGCGCAUGGGGCGGGCCGCCAUUAGGGAGGCGGGGGGGAUCCCCCUGCUGGUGGAGGCGAUGGAGUGCGGGUCGGAGAGGGGCAAGGAGGAUGCAGUGGCGGCGCUGCUCAUGCUGGCGGAGGACCCCGCGCUGAGGGACGAGAUUGUGGGGGAGGGCGUGAUGCCGACCCUGGGGGCACUUCAGCGAUGCGGGACACCAAGAGCGAGAGUCAAGGCGGCUCGCCUGCUGGCCAUCUUCCGUUCCAAGGACUACUGAGUUCAGGAGUACUCUGUUCACGCUGUAUUGAAUCGCGGGAACCUUCAACACGGUGCGCCCAAGCCCCAUGGUUUAGUCUCAACAGGCCACGCAAGCCAUUAUGGCCCAACGUCCUGCGCUCAAGUUUCACGUACAGUGCAGCCGCAUGUAACAUGGCUACGCUUCCAACCAGCCAUACUCUGCUGCAGACGCUGGACUUGCAACAACUCUGGGGUGGGGUGGGUGUCGGUGGCUUCCUCCAAUCCAGUGUUUGCUCCGCCAACCCCAUCUCUUCCUUUCGCCUUCCGCCUUCCGCCUUCCGCCCGUUCCUUCCGCCCAUCUCUUGAGGCCACACACAGCAUGCGUUUUGAUGCAUGGGCUGCUGAGGCUGAUCAAGGUACAGCUUCAUUCAGGCUAUGGGUCAGCGGGAUUGGUAAAUAAUGAAUGAGGGAUGGCGCAGGCACAUGGUGCAUCGGAAAUAGGCUGGUUGGCACAUGGCAUGGCUGCGAGAUGGUGCAUGGUGCAUGGUGCAUGGUGCAUCGAUCAAGGUGCACGGUGUACAUGGAAUGGAACAGGGAUGCGGAGUGCCUGGCGCACGGUACGAGGAACCUUUUUCGCAUGGUCCUUGAUUGUUUGCUUAGCACUGAGGGUGGGUGUGUGAGAUUGUUGCAGAGAUCGACACAAAGAACUGCACUGCACUUGACAACCAUGCCCCGGGGGUAGUUAUCUGUUAAAAGCUUCAAUGUAUACGCUCAAUUGUCCGUGGGGAUUUUGUUUCGGGCUUACAUUUUUGUCCACUGUUAUUGGCGAGUGCCUGCCAGCACCACCAGCGUUGGCUCUAGCUGCAG